AUGACAUCGUUCUUCACGAAUCUUCCAACUUACCUCCUCGCGUCAGUCGUGCUGCUGGGUGCUUUCUCUCGCUUCACGCAUGGCGAACAUACGCCUCAAUUCUACGCAUUCCAGGAAUACCAUGCACCCGAUGACGGCUCCACGGGCGCCAAAAUCACUCCCAUCAUCGACCUACUUGUGGGAUUAAGCCUCUUAUUCGGGAGCAAGGCGGUGAGGCUGAGUGCCGCCAGUAUCAGCUUGGGCCUGUGCGCUGUAGGUCUCGUGGUUCAAAUGAAGGCUGGCAAGGAGUACAAUGCGGAUAUUGCCCUGGUUGCUUUGGCUGCGAUUUCGGUACUCAGUCAAUUGCGAAGGCGAUAG